ACGCGACGCCUGACCUCGAGCUUAAAUAAACCAGGGGCAGAGAAGGUGCAAGCUGUUCACUUUCUGCGCCCUUUGCUCUGUGACAGCCGUCUCUUGCAAAGCUCUUUCCUGCAUACAGCCGAGAAGCUUGCGGGCUAUCCGCGAUGAGCGCCGGGGUACUGAAUCUGCGGGAAAUACUGAAGGUCCUGACCAAAGGUCCUGGUUUUGAUAGAGUUUUAGAAAAGGUGACUCUUGUCUCUGCUGCUCCUGAGAAAUUAAUUUGUGAAAUGAAAGUAGAAGAGGAGCAUGCUAACAAACAUGGCACUCUUCACGGUGGUUUGACAGCCACCUUAGUAGACAACAUAUCAACAAUGGCUCUGGUGUGCACAGAAAGGGGAGUACCUGGAGUCAGCGUUGACAUGAACAUCACGUACAUGUCACCUGCUAAAAUAGGAGAAGAAAUAGUGAUUACAACACGUAUUCUGAAGCAAGGAAAAACACUUGCGUUUGCCUCUGUGGAUCUGACCAACAAGGCCACAGGAAAAUUAAUAGCACAAGGUAGACACACCAAACACCUGGGAAACUGAGGAACAGCAGAAUGACCUAAAGAAACCCAACAGUGAACAUAAUGUGUAAAUUUGGAGCUUCCAAAAUAAACUAGUGGAACCAGUAGCAGCUAAGAAGUAUUUUCUUUGGGGAAAAGGACCUAGAAGACAAGUAGGGUAGAGUGAAGGGGAGUGUCUGUUCAUUUCAAGGAUUUCAUUUUACUUUUAAAUCAUAUGCGUAAGUGAUGAAAACUUGUGUUUUGAAAAGUAAAGCAAAGAAGCUAGCAGGACUACUCUAAAGAUUACUAAAGCCCAGUAUUACACUAAAGGAGAAAUAAACAGUAAUAGAUACCUUAAUCUGACUGGGUAACAUAUACAACAAAUUUUUUACAGCUCUGGAAGCUGCGAAUUCCAAGGUCAAGGUUCCAGCACAUUGUCCUAGUGGAGACAUGCUUGUGUGUGGAUGGCACCUUUUCGCUGCAUCCUCACAUGACAGAAAGAGCAAAGGGAUGUUCUCUGGGGUCUCUUACAGGCACUAAUAAAAGGACCUCCCAAAGAUUCCACCUUCUAAAACCACCUUAGGGCUUAAGAUUUUAUAGGAUUAUGAACAUUUAGAUUAUAGCAAUGGCCAAUCCUUAGUGAGUUUUAGGUCCUUUCCAGCUUUAAAAUACCAUGCCAUAUUUCCAUUUCCUUUCUAUAUUAUGGAACUUCAAAAUAGAUGAAGUAAUGCCCAUAUUGGAAAAUUACCAUAGAUAUUUCCUAAGUUUGAAGCAAAGCAUAUUAGUGACCUAACUGGUCCAAACACUUUGGUAAUUUAUUGUAGGUCUGGCUUGGCACCUUUUGUAUUAAAGAGGGAAUAAAAGCAUCUAUAAAAGCACAUUUGAAUCACCCAGUCUACUGUAUUGAAGAUCAAGUUCACAAAUUACUUCAUUUCUCAGUUCUGUGGAUUAUAGAACCCUUACUAAAUUUUACUUCUACAUCAUUCUUAGUGUACAUUUCAUGACUAAAGAUUGAAAAGGAAGGAGUUUUAAAAUUGCUAACAGUCUAGUUAAGAUGGCUCAAGCCUUUGCUCAGGAGGCAAAGAUCAGGAAGAUCACGGUUCUAAGCCUACCCUAUCUUGAAAAAACUCAUCACCAAAAAAGGCUGGUGGAAUGGCCCAAGGUGUAGGCCAAGUUCAAACCUCAGUAUGGAUAGCAAACAAAAAGAUGCAGGCUAAUCUGUUUAAAGGGCAGCAGAAGAUUCCCUGUAGCAGUGAGCAUAUAGGAGACCCAGAUCUUGAUUUCUAUUAUUUCCCACUAGAUUGAACCUAUGUUCCUUAGAGAACAGCUGAUUCCAGGGCUGGAGGCUGACACAGGAGUUACAUCUUACUGUUCAAAGUAAGGAAGUGUUUUCCAGGUAUCUAGUAAAAGUAUGUAGUGCAGAAAUAGAACACUUUGACCAGCAACCAAAAUUAACAGCAUUAAGGGACAGAUGGACAAUGCUUCUUUCUAGAUGAUAACUUGAGAAGGGCAUAAACUCAAUUUAUCCAUAAAUUCAACUCGAAUGCAAAAUGAGCAAGUUUUUGUUGGCCUGUAAUCCAAAAAUGUCAAGAUCAUUAAACACAAAGGCUAAGGAAUUAUUCUAGACCAGAGAACAGUAGGGACAAGUCAACUAUCAGGGGGAUUAAAAGUAAGAAUAUUGAGAUAGUUAACAAAACUAGAAUAUGGAUGGUUAAGUAUAUCAAUGUUAUAUUCCCUGAGCUUGACAACUACUGGACAUCUUUUCCAGCAAACAAAGUAUCACUGUAUUAAGGGAUGAAGAAUCAUAAUGUAUGCAACAAACUCAAACGGUCAUAUGGUUAAGAACCUGGGCUCUAGAGCAAGAAAGCCUAAUUUAAAUCUUCCACUACUGACAUGAAGUUGGGCAAGUAACUCAACCCCUGCCAUCUAUUGCUACUUAGGAUUGAUAUACAAAGAAAACAGCUCAGAAUAGUAUCAGACCAUAAGAAACAUUCAAAGUGUUGUUUCAAAUAGUUUCUAUUAUGUGAAAACACAUUUCCAAAUUAAGAGUGGUAUUUUUUUUUUGGAGGGGGGCCAUGAAGCAAGAGGUUAAGGGUAGGCUGCUAACUAUUGAAAGGUAACCAAGUGUCUGAUUUCUACUCUUGCUGAAGUUACAAACUCAACUGC